AUGGACCCCCCCGCGGCCAAGCGGAGCCGGGGCUGCCCCGCAGGACCGGAGGAGCGCGACGCCGGGGCCGGGGCCGUGCGCGGCCGGGGCCGGCCCGAAGCGCUGCUGGACCUCAGCGCCAAGCGAGUAGCCGAGAGCUGGGCCUUUGAGCAGGUUGAGGAGCGGUUCUCCCGUGUGCCUGAGCCAGUUCAGAAGCGCAUUGUGUUCUGGUCAUUUCCACGAAGCGAGCGGGAGAUAUGUAUGUACUCAUCACUGGGGUACCAGCCCCCGGAGGGCGAGCACGACGCCCGGGUGCCCUUCACCCGCGGGCUGCACCUGCUGCAGAGUGGGGCCGUAGAUCGUGUGCUACAAGUAGGGUUCCACCUGAGUGGAAACAUCCGGGAGCCAGGGGGCCCCGGAGAGCCCGAGCGCCUUUACCACGUCUCCAUCAGCUUUGACCGCUGCAAGAUCACAUCCGUGAGCUGCGGCUGCGACAACCGUGAUCUCUUCUACUGUGCCCACGUGGUGGCCCUGUCGCUGUACCGCAUUCGGCAUGCCCACCAGGUGGAGUUGAGACUGCCCAUCUCUGAGACGCUCUCUCAGAUGAACCGGGACCAGCUACAGAAGUUCGUGCAGUAUCUCAUCAGCGCCCACCACACCGAGGUGCUGCCCACCGCCCAGCGCUUGGCAGAUGAGAUCCUCCUCCUGGGCUCUGAGAUCAAUCUGGUGCAUGGUGCCCCAGACCCCACAGCAGGCGCAGGCAUCGAGGAUGCCAACUGCUGGCACCUGGAUGAGGAGCAGAUCCAGGAGCAGGUGAAACAGCUGCUGUCCAAUGGCGGCUACUACGGCGCCAGCCAGCAGCUGCGCUCGAUGUUCUGCAAGGUGCGCGAGAUGCUGCGGAUGCGUGACUCCAAUGGGGCGCGCAUGCUGAUCCUCAUGACUGAGCAGUUCCUGCAGGACCCGCGCCUGGCCCUGUGGCGGCAGCAGGGCGCCGGCAUGACGGACAAGUGCCGCCAGCUGUGGGACGAGCUGGGGGCCCUGUGGGUGUGCGUCAUCUUGAGUCCCCACUGCAAACCAGAGGAGCGGACGAGCUGGCUCCAGCUGCUUAGCAAGUGGGACAAGCUGGACGUGUGCCCGCUGGAGGAGGGCAAUUACUCUUUUGAUGGGCCCAGCCUGCAGCCCACUGCAGCCCUCAUCCCAGGCCCAGAGGAGGAGGAGGUGGUGAUGGCUGCAGGUUCCCGUCACACCGUGUUUGGCCGCGCCCUGCAGGCUGGGUCGCUGCACUGGAGUGAUGACCAUCUGCAGAGGAUCCUGGCCAGUGACUCCUACAGCCCCAACCUCACAGGCAACGGGGGCAGUGACAAACCAACCUUCGACCCCCAGGGCCGCCCGCUCUGGCUGGGCGAGCCCUUCCCCACUACCUGUGCACGUGUGGACACCCUGAGGGCCCAUGGAUACCCCCGCCAGGCCCUGCGGCUGGCAAGCGCCAUAGUCAACACCCUCCGGCUGCAGCAGCGACAUCAGCUACAGAUUUACAAGCAGCAGAAAAAAGAGCUAUUGCAGAAAGGUUCCACCUGUAUCACCAACACGGAAGGAUGGGUGGGCCAUCCCCUGGACCCCAUUGGCUGCCUCUGCAGGGCACUCUUGGAGGCCUGUCGUCUAGAGGAGGAGACCCUCGCCAUUUACCCAGACUUAAGCCUUGAGAAGCGGAAAGUGGCCUACCAGCACGUCCCCGUGCCGGGGAGCCCUGGGGAGUCCUAUUUGGCGAUGGCGCUAGAGGUGGCCCUGCUGGGCCUGGGACAGCAGCGGGCCCUGCCCGAGGGGCUGUAUGCCCAGGACAAGGUGGUGCGCAGCGAGGAGCAGCUGCUGGCCCUGCUGGAGGAAGUGGAGCUGGACGAGCGGUUGGUGCGGGUGCUGCGCAAGCAGGCGGGGCAGCUGCUGGAAGGGGGUCCUUUCAGUGGCUUUGGAGAAGUGCUGUUCCGGGAGAGCGUACCCAUGCACACCUGUGCCCGAUACCUGUUUACCGCACUGCUGCCUCACGACCCAGACCUAGCCUACCGCCUCGCACUUCGAGCCAUGAGGCUGCCCGUGCUGGAGACAGCGUUUCCAGCUGGAGAACCUCCCAGCAACCCGCUGGACUCCAUCAUGAGCAACCGCUUCCCGCGCUGGUUCAUCCUCGGCCACCUGGAGACCCGCCAGUGUGAGCUGGCCUCUGCCAUGCUGACCGCUGCCAAGGGAGACCCCAAGUGGCUGCACGCAGUACUGGGCUCCAUCCAGAAGAACAUCCACUCUCCAGCCUUGCUUUUCAAGCUGGCGCAGGAUGCCUGCAAGACUGCCACCCCGGCCAGCGCCCCACCGGACACCACGCUGCUGGGCAUUGCGCUGGAGCUGGGCCUUCAGGUGAUGCGGAUGACCCUGAACACCAUGACCUGGCGUCGGAGGGAGAUGGUGCGCUGGCUGGUCAGCUGUGCCACAGAAAUCGGCCCGCAAGCCCUGAUGAACAUCAUGCAGAAUUGGUACUCCUUAUUCACCCCAGUGGAGGCGGCCACCAUCGUGGCAGUAACAGGCACUACCCAUGCCACGCUGUUGCGGCUGCAGCUGGACGCAGCCCGGCGGGAGGAGCUCUGGGCCUGCGCACGCACCCUGGCUUUGCAGUGCGCCAUGAAAGACCCGCAGAACUGCGCCCUUCCCGCCCUCACCCUGUGCGAGAAGAACCAGGCGGCCUUCGAGGCGGCCUACCAGAUUGUGCUGGACGCGGCCGCCGGCGGCCUGGGCCACGCCCACCUCUUCACCGUGGCGCGCUACAUGGAGCACCGCGGCCUGCCACUGCGGGCCUACAAGCUGGCGACGCUGGCCCUGGCGCAGCUCAGCAUUGCCUUCAACCAGGACAGCCACCCGGCAGUCAAUGACGUGCUCUGGGCCUGCUCGCUCAGCCACUCGCUGGGCCGGCACGAGCUCUCAGCCAUCGUCCCCCUCAUCAUCCGCAGCAUCCACUGCGCCCCCAUGCUCUCCGACAUCCUGCGCCGCUGGACCCUCUCGGCGCCCGGCCUGGGGCCCCUUGGGGCUCGCCGGGCUGCCAAGCCUCUGGGCGCCGACCGGGCACCGCUGUGCCAGCUGCUGGACGCGGCUGUGGCGGCCUACAUCACCACCAGUCACUCGCGCCUGACGCACAUCAGCCCACGUCACUACAGUGACUUCAUCGAGUUCUUGGGCAAAGCUCGCGAGACUUUCUUGCUGGCGCCAGACGGACACCUGCAGUUCGCCCAGUUCCUGGAGAACCUCAAACAGACCUACAAGGGCAAAAAGAAGCUCAUGCUCCUGGUGCGGGAGCGUUUCGGCUGA